UUGCUAUCAGCUGUUCAAUGUAAAUAAACACAAAAUGUUGAUAAGUUCAGAAAGUUCAGAAUAGUUCGCUGAGGUUUGAGUUCAAAUGGUUGUAUAAAUAAUUUACUUAAUGAAAAUUGAGGAACACCUUACUUGGAAUUGUUCGAAAAUACGAGCGAUGUAUUCUCAAAAGAAUUUGUAAUUGUGACGCCGCUAGCUCAAUAUGAGCACUAAGAUCGAUUUCCAACUAAAUCCGGACAGUCGUUUGGACGGGAAAUGGCUGAAAACAGAUUUGGAGUUAGCGUUGAAGAAAAACAACGUUAUUCAUUACUGGAACGAGUUACUUAAAGAUGGUGAAUUAGUUAUCCAAGAGUACUGUAAUUCUAAAGCUUCUACUCCAGAAACAGAUAUCUGUGGAGUGGGAAAUGACAUCGAAACGGGACCAUUUUCGAGUAAAAAAUUCAAAUCCGAUUUGGCCAGCGUUUUGGCGGGUAAUACAGCUUCACAGAAAUUGAUCGAUUCGUGGACGUGGAGUAAAAGUACAGAUUUACAAAAUAUAACCGAUUGUAUCAAGUUGCUCCAAAAAGAACAGCAACUGUUAUGCGGUGUAGUCGCUGGAAACACAAUUUCAUCGUGUAGGCUUCAACAACGCGUAGUGGUAGCGUAUCGUUAUUUUUUAGCCCUCAGGAAACAAGCCAGUUAUCAAAAUAUUGAUCAGAAUAAGACCUGGAAUGAGAUCAAUAAUGGUGAAAAUAACAGUUUGUUGGAUCAUACUUUUGAAUUGGAAAUCAACGAUAAUUUGCCAGCGUGUUCCUCGUUGGAAGAGCAAAAUAGUAUUUAUGGUUUGGCUCGAAUCGGCACCAGAACUGCUUUAAAUUUUGCUUUCGCUUUUCUCAGACGAGCGUGGCGAUCAGGAGAAGACUGUGAUAUUUGCUCCGAGUUGUUACUUGAAACGCUAGAUGCUUUGAGAGCUUUACCAGAAGCAUUAUUGUUCAAAGAACGAAAAAUGUCCGCUGUGUGGAUCGAUAUUUUGGAAAAAUCUUCGUCAUUUUUGCAACAAGUUGUACUUUGCGAAAUACUGAAUUCUCCAGAGAGAGAAGUUCCUCUAGUGGAUAGGCAGUACGCGUUACAAAUUUUAUUCGAAUUGGCUAUGCAGAGAGGAACUGUUACCGCAAUGAUGGAAAUGAUCUCCCUACUUCUAAUGAUGUCUGACAAAAAUGAUCAUUUGGCUGGAAACAGACCUGAUAAAGAAGAAAACAGCUUUCCUUUGGUACCAUUUUUAAAACGUCUUCAGCAAGUUUUAAGGUCGACGUUCCAAAAACUGAAUGGUUACGAUAUCUGGUCUGAAAAAGAUAGUGAUGAUAUAGCGACUUGUCCAACCGAAUGCUUUCUGAGAUUUUUGGAAUUUCCUUCAGACGAGAACGCUGUAAUCGAUUUGAACGUUGCUGCUGUAAUUAUUAUGGCAUAUCUGAAUCGAUUAAUUAUUCCGUAUUUACCAACUGCUGCCUUUUUAGAUAAUAAAAAGCUCAACCAAAUGGUAUUCGCUUGGGGUUGGCUGCCUUGGGAAUCGCGAAAUAAAUCUUCUCUGUGUCAGACAAUCGGAGAACUAGGUGUUGUCAAGAUUGUUCUAUCUGAUAAAUAUUUGUUUUUUAUCUCGUUUGAUAAGAAAUUAUAUUUGUAUAAUUAUAUCGGAGAUCCUCAGGGAGUUGAAAUGGUGACCGGUUUAAAUGACAGAAAUAUCGUUGACAUCGUGGCUCAUCCGGAAGGUAGACAUUACAUGGCUUUAACAGCCGAAGGGACCGUUUAUUCUUGGGGUAAUGGCGAAGGAGGUCGAUUAGGUCAUGGAGAUUGUAACCCACAAGAAUACCCUACUCUUGUUGAAGCUCUUCUAGGCCACACUAUUGUUCGUAUCGCUUGUGGAAGUACUUAUAGCGCUGCUAUAUCAUCUCAAGGAGAAUUAUUCACUUGGGGGCGAGGUAAUUACGGACGUUUAGGACAUGGCACGAAUGACGACGCUAAUAUUCCUUUACUAGUCGACGAACUCAAAGACGUAAAAAUUGUAGAUGUAGCUUGUGGUUGUGGCGACGCGCAAACCCUCGCUGUUACCGAUACAGGCAUGGUUUAUUCGUGGGGAGACGGGGAUUACGGAAAAUUAGGACGAGGUGGCAGCGAAGCGUCCAAAGUACCAAAAUGGGUCGAAUCUCUGUGUCACGUCCGCAUUACACGUGUUUAUUGCGGAUCGCAAUUCAGCGUCGCUCUUACCGCUGAAGGAGAGGUGUAUACUUGGGGCAAAGGUGACCAUUAUCGAUUAGGACACGGUACCGAAGAACAUCUGCGUUUUCCUAAAAAAGUCAACGGCUUAAAAGGUAUGAAAGUGAAAAAAUUAGCUGUCGGAGUUACCCAUACGAUCGCGUUGUUGGAAAAUGGCGACGUGUACGGAUGGGGUAAAAAGGAAUACGCCCAUGCUGCCGAGAGCGAUGCUACCGGAGCUGUUCCGGAACUCGUGUCUACCGUUAGAUCGAACAAUAUUGCCGGUGUGGCUUGCGGAGUUACUCAGAGUUUUGCUUGGAGUACACCGAACCAUUCGAAAAUCGGCACAAGAGUUCCAUUCAUCACCGAUAUUUGCGAAAACAGUAUUAGCAAGUUGAAUAAAUUACUGGUCACCGUGUGCGAAGGAGUAACAACAGUCUCGGACCGGCCACCGUCUCAAGAAAAAGAAUGCUUGAUUGUGUCCACAUUCAAUAUCUUGCAGCUUCAAUUGCACGCCAUUUCCGUUAAUAACGUGGAUGCCAGCGCUAUCAAUUUAAACGUGGGCUCGCCAUUGCUUACUAGUAUUAAACAAAUAGUAGUCGAUGUCGCAAGCACCAAUGGUGUCCUAGAUUCAAUCCAGUCUGCAGCUCAAGCUGCCUUACAAGUUGGCUGGAGUGUUCUGUUACCAACGGCUGAAGAGAGAGCUAAAGCUCUAUGUUCGCUGAUGCCAGCUUCGGAUUGGAACUGCAGUAAUCUAAGUCAAGGUCAGCAUUUCAUGACCGAUUUGUUAGUUUCGAGUUUAAUGGCCGAUGGAGGGUUGGAAAUUAGUUUACAAGCUGCUAUUAAAGUGGAAAUGUCAGAAUCAAUGAGAGAAGAUUCGUGCACAAAUUCAGCCACAAAUUUCUCGCCUAUUCCAUUACUUCAGUUAAUUAAACAAUUACUCAGGAACUGUUUGUCUCAAACGUUGACCAAUCUACAGCUUUUAAAACCGAUUCAAGGGACCAACGAACGAUCGCCCAGUUUAACUUUAUUAAUAAGAUUUCAACGACUGCUAAUAGCUCAAAUAUAUCAAAAUAAAACUUCCGAGUCGCAAUAUUCUUGGGAAUGUGAUGAAAGAAAUAUGGGAGCUGAAUCUUUGUUUAGGAAAUAUUUGCAACAUUUGAUAAAUUACGUUUGCCAGGUAUUGAAUACCGCUUCAGAUGUGGCUUCCAGAAGUAAUAAGCAUUUCUAUACAGUUUGUAAUAUUUUGAAAAAUACCGGCGUUGAAAUCUUGCUUCCGGAAUUAUUAAUAUGUCUGAUAAUGUUACACGAAGAAGUGCCUCUGUUAUUACAUAAUAUCGACUGGCUGGAUUUAUUCGGACCUUUGUUCAAUUCGUUAGAACAAUUUAAUAAAAUAACUCCUCAUUUAGAAAAAGAAGAUGACGACGAAAUGUCAUGGCCCGGAGUUUCCGUCAAUUACAACUCAUCAGCGUAUAAAAAUCCCGAAGAUAUGCCUUCAGUGAGAAAAGCCGACGUUGAAAAUCACAACAGAGAUGGGGGAUUUUGGAUCGUUUAUAAUAAUAAAGUUUACGACAUUCGAGACAGUGAUGGACCAGGUGAAAUGGAAGCUCUGAGAAAAUAUUUCAAAGGCGAGCUUUCUAUUAAAAGCGAAGAUUUACUUACCCCUUCUCCGGAAUUAUUGCAGUCUUGUUGCGUCGGAAAUUAUAUUGAUCCAGAUGAAGAUGUUUCUCAACCUACCGAAAUAAGUUACACGAGUUCACCUUUACUGGAUUGUCAAAGAACACUGUCGUAUUUAUUGGGUUUCCAUGCUCGAUGUCUUUCCAUUGGUAUUCCCGUCCUUCAGACUGAACGUGAAAUGGCGCCUUGGCUCUCAGCAUCUUAUCUAAAAGGUGGCCUGACCCCGUUGAACCCUUAUGAAGAAAAAGAUGAAGCCAGAAGUACCAAUACCACACCUACCGAGCCCCCAGUGGGUACAUCUUGCCCAUAUACGCCCAAUUUCGAGAAUCCUGCCAACGAGAGCAAAUUAUGGGAUACGGUUUCUGCUUUUGACGCGUAUUUAUCGCAAAAUUUCAAGCAUCAGUCGUUGCUAUCGUUCAAUUGGAAUCAUCCGAUCGAAGAAGUGAAUAGAAUACUGUUAGCGGUGUUGAUUAAACAUCUAGCUUUGGGUCCUUUAGUAGUGGAAUGUUUGCAACAAGAAAAUCGUAAAAUACCCGAACAUUUCGAAGUGAUAGCGAACGUACUUCAUAAAACUAAAUUGAAACUAAUUCAAACGAAACAAGAACAGAAUCAAUCCUACAAAGAACUAUGCGUUCCGUUUCUCAACAAGUGCAGAUUUCUGCUGAACGAAGUUCGCCCGGCUACCAGCCACGAAGUAAAUGCUUUCGAUCGUUUGCAGUUUCUAUACACGGAAACUACGCUUAAAAAAACUGCCAAACAUGUUAUAAAUUGUAUCAGAGCUCAAAAGCACUCCCAAGAAAAUAUUAAAAAGUUUCCAGAGCAGAAAAUUAAAGAUUAUUUUGAAGAAAAAUCUGCAAACAAAUCAAAUGAAAGUGAUACUUCACGAAGUUCUGUUGUUUACGUGAAACCAGGUAAGCCGGAGCUUAUCCACGCUAUUGUUCAGUUCGUAACCGAAGAAAAUACUGCUGACAUUGAACUCAUCAGAAGAGCAAUGUGUGUCCAAGUGGAACGAUGUAAUAUGCGAAAACAAGGAUACGAUUUGAUGCUGAAAUUAUUAGCUCUUCCUACGGUUGUCGCUUCAGUUAAAUAUAAUAUUAUGAAUGGUUGGUUAGUUACCUCUCCGAUGUUGAAUACCAACGAAACUCUAAUCCUGGACGGCGUAGUAACUCCGUACGAAAAAAUGGAAUUAUUAUACGCCAAGUACAGAAUCCUCCAAUGGACCUUGAAUAAAUUGAACAAAGCGGUCUCCCAAGCCGAUAAAUCGUUCAGAUUUGGCAUAUCGAAGGAUAAAAACUCGUGCUUUUCUCAAAGGAAGCUCUGCUGGAUACGUUUGGUUUUAUCGAUGAUUGGUUUAUUAUCCGAGACAACGAGUGGAAAUGAGCUUUCGUUUGUUAUAAAUAGCGGCUUGUUUGCCAAUAUUGAAUAUAUUUUCAGAGAUUCGGAUUCCGAAUCGAAUAACAAAAUAUUUUUCGGUAACAACUUUAGCAUCGGAGCUAUUUUCGAAGAAGAGCACUGUAUCGUUCGUACCAAUCAACUCGGCUCCAAGUCGACCAGUAUUCCGGUCUCAAGCGGACCUGGAUUGUUACCUUACAUGAAACCAGGCUUACGUGUGGUCAGAGGACCAGAUUGGAAAUGGGGUGAUCAAGAUGGCCCAACAACAUCCAGCGAAGGUACAGUAAUUAGCACAGUUAGCAGCGAUGGAUGGGUACCGGUGAAAUGGGAUUCUGGUACAAGGAACGCGUAUCGUAUGGGUAAAGAUGGUAAAUACGAUUUGAAACUGGCUCCUGCCGGAAGCGAAUUAGUUGAUCAGUCUCCAGUAACUGAAGAAGAGAACAGCAAAGAUAUUGAAUCGGAAAAAGCCAAGUUGAAAAAUCCCAACGAUGUUUUGAAAAGAGCUUCUGUUGGCCUACUCAAAAUUCUAUCACUGUGUACCGGAGUGUAUUCCGAUAGCGUUCAAGAAUCCAGUGUUCGCAAAGUAUCCCAUUAUUUGAGAUAUAAUUUACAGGAACGUCAUAAGAAGAAACUUUCCUUGACCGAUUCGAAUGCUAUGUUCCAACGUGAUUGGGUCUCAUUAGGAUUCCUAAGAACGAUAGCUCGAUCUAAAAAAAUUUGUACCGCACUGUGUGCCCCCUCUUGGUUACUCUUAUUGUUUAACAUUAUUUCUGGUCAAAAUGUAGGGUAUCCUACCACCUUAACUAUGCAGUUACAAGCUUUGAGAUUGCUCCAAACCAUAUUACCAGUUGGAUUAAAUGAUGCUAAUUCGUAUCCUAUCGUUAUCAAGAAGCUUUUCCAUUUAUUGGGCAGCAUUGGGAUGCUCUGCUACCCGGAUCUGACUUUGUAUAAUUUCGUUGAGAAGAAACCAGUGGUCUCAUUGACAGCGUCAUCAACCAGCACAAUCGUCGAAGAGUUCGUAGUUCUGUUGAGAAAGCUGCAUAGCAUACCUGAUUGGACAGAUGCGUUUAAUUCGUUCAUGAUUUCGAAAUUGGCCACAGCUGCCGAUUUACUCUCUCAUCCUAUUCUAUCUUUAGAGAAUGAAAACGAAGAAGAUAUGUCGGAGAUUUUAUACAGCUCAAUAGCUUCGCUGAUGGUAUUUGGAGGUCUCGAUUCUAGACCCAGAUUAGGUGGAAAUGUUUUGGAUAGUGGUCUUAGAGUUGGGACAAUUUGCAACAUUGUUGGUAAAAACGCCACCGUCAUGGUUCAGUUCCACGAUACGAAUAGAAUCGAGCAAAUGGCAUUGAAACCAUUGAAGGCUUUACCAUCUCCUCGAUUUCAGUUGGAUAGAGUACCUAGUACAGAUCUAUUCCUGGAUACUUGGGCCACCCUCAUAUCUAUGGCUUCAUUGAAUCACAUAAAAAAGAAUCGUUUUACAUCGGUGAACAUUCCUUUACUGCGUAAUCAGCAGCAAAUUCUGAGCGUAAUUAAAGCUGGACGAUUGCUUCUAAAUUACCAAUCUCGUUUGAGAAAAGUUCUCAAAAGACCCACACUGGAACCGCACAUGUCUUUAGAAGCUCUAAACGAGAUCGAUGUUAUCGGCGAUGCGAGGCAGUCUUUACUUCUACAUCAGCUCAUCAUCAACGCCGUUCAACCAACUUCCUUGAAGCCUAUUUUUAGCCGCAAAGAAUUAGAGGAAGCUGCUAUAAACAUAAGUCAAUAUCUAGCCGUCGAUAUGUACGCGAAACAGAAAAACGUCCCGAAUAACCAAACGAAUAAUAAAAACGCGAUAGAUUCACCCAAUCGAUGCCCGUCUCCUCCGGUCACCCCUCUUACGGCGCAAUUAAUUGAAAUGGGAUUUUCCAAGAAAGCUGUCGAGAUUGCUUUGAAAGCUACAAACGAAAUGCCCGAAAGUUGCGCCAAUAUCGAGCAGUUGGUUGCGUGGCUUUUAGAAUACUCCGAAGAAUACCAGCUUGUGGCGGAUUGUUUGACUACCCUCGAGAAUAACAAUCGAGAAAUCAUCAGCGAAAAUAACAACGCGGCAUUGGUUCCUAAAUGUCCUGUUACCGUUUAUAAGAAGAGGAGUGAAUUUUCCAAUGAGAACGAGUAUGCGACUUAUGUGCGAAAUAAUUGUGCCAUUGGAAUGUCUGUGCGGUGUUGCCGGUCGUAUGAAGAAGAAGUGUACGAAGGGGAUACCGGAGUCAUAGUGAAAAUAAAUAAUGGUGGAUUGCACGAUUUGAAUUUACAGGUUGACUGGCGUAAUAAAGGAUACGCUUAUUGGGUUAGAUUUAUUCACGUAGAACUUCUGGGAAACUUGAACACAAUUCCGACGAUCAAAGUAGGAGAUACAGUUCGUGUCAAACCCUCAGUUGUUACGCCCCAAUUCAAAUGGGGCUCUAUAACUCACAGUAGUGUAGGAAUUGUGACUGCUGUGAGUAAAAGUGGUCAACAAAUCACGGUGGACUUCCCUCAGCAAGCUAACUGGAUCGGCAGUGUAUCUGAAAUGGAAGUUUUACCUCCUCACCAUCAAGAAAUAGCUUGCAAUUAUUGUUUCAUGAGACCCAUAGUUGGGGCUCGAUUCAAAUGCAAAGUCUGCGAGAAUUAUAAUCUUUGUGAGAAUUGUUUUUAUACACCCUACGAUCAUCAGCAUAAUUUUGUCCGCAUUGCAGAACCGGGAAGCGCGGCUAUUUUCGCCGGAAAACCGAGGAAAAUUGAAAGGCACGGAAUUUUCACUAUUUUGGAAACUGACGUCAUCGAGGAUAAUUUCGCUUGUAUCAAGUACUUGACUACAUCUUCGCGAGAAAACUGGGCUAGUCAUUUAUUGGACAUGUAUUCUGAUAAUUAUUGGCAAAGUUGCGGAUCUCAAGGAAAGCAUUGGAUUCGAUUGGAAAUGUAUCCGGAUAUUUGUAUUCAUUCUUUGAGAAUGAAAGUGGAUCCGAACGAUACCAGUUACAUGCCUUCAUUGGUAAAAGUAUCCGGUGGUAAUAACUUUUUAUCCAUGACCGAGCUCACCGCUGUCAGUAUUCAUCCGAGAGAUACACUCGUUACUUUGUUAUCAGAUGUUCACGAGUAUUAUCCUUGUAUUGAAAUAGCCAUCAAGAUGUGUCAAAAUGGCGGAAUCGAUUGUAAAAUACACGCCAUCUACGUUACCGGCAAAAAAAGAUCUAGUAAUAAUUUACCAUCCAACGCUUGUUUCCUAGCCUCUGAUUAUAAUGAUAUUCAAAAUAUGGUAUUUACUGAAAAUAUUCACAUGGGCGUCCCUCAAGAGAAUAAAGUCUUCCUGUGGGGAUUGAACGAUAAAGAUCAAUUAGGCGGAUUAAAAGGAUCAAAAGUGAAGUUCCCAAUGUUCUCAGAAAAUCUGUCAGGUCUCAGACCGAUCCAUAUCGCCGGUGGAUCGAAAUCUCUGUUUAUUGUUUCCUAUAAUGGGAAAGUCUACGCUUGCGGAGAAACCACCAAUGGUCGCUUAGGACUCGGCACAAAUGUCAGCGCUUCGUUUCCUCGGCAAAUAAGCACUCUAAAUCGAUACAUAGUCCGAAAAGUAGCCGUUCAUUCUGGCGGCAAACAUGCCCUAGCGUUAACGCUUUCAGGGAAAGUUUUCUCGUGGGGAGAAGGCGACGAUGGUAAAUUAGGCCACGGAAACACGUUGAGUCUAGAUAAACCAAAGAUGAUCGAGUAUUUCAGAGACAAACGUAUCAAAGAAAUAGCCUGUGGAAGCUCGUACAGCGCAGCCAUCACAGCCUGCGGAGAAUUAUACAGUUGGGGGCUUGGCGAAUACGGUAGAUUAGGCCAUGGAGACAGUAUAACUCAAUAUAAACCGAAAUUGGUUCGAGCUCUCUUGGGCAAACACAUCAUUAAAGUCGCUUGCGGCAGCAGAGACGCCCAAACGUUGGCCUUGGAUAAUGAAGGAAUGGUGUAUUCGUGGGGUGACGGAGAUUUUGGCAAAUUAGGUCGAGGAGGCAGCGAAGCUUGCGAUAUACCGUGUAAUAUAGAAUUCCUCAAUGGUAAAGGAGUCAUUCACGUCGACUGUGGAGCUCAGUUCUCUUUAGCUUUAACCAAAUCCGGACAGAUCUGGACUUGGGGUAAAGGAGACUACUACAGAUUGGGAUUAGGCACCGAUCAACAUGUCAGGAAACCUACCCUAGUUUCUUCUCUCAAAGGGAUUCAUAUCGUAGACGUGGCUGUUGGUGCUCUUCAUUGUUUAGCUGUGUCAUCGAACGGAUCGGUUUAUGCCUGGGGAGAUAAUGAUCACGGUCAACAAGGCAACGGUAGCACGAUGGUGAAUCAAAAACCCACAAAAGUCGACGGUUUUGGCAACGUUAGAGUGAAUAGAGUAGCCUGCGGAUCAUCUCAUUCGGUUGCCUGGCAAGCUUAUGAACCUCCUGGAUGCCGCAGUGUUGAACCGAUACCAUUCGAUACACCUAACGAUCCUCUUGGAACUAAUAUGCUCGGUUUAAACGAAAGUAAAAAAGAUGAACCCGAAGAAGAUGACGAAGACGGUGAAACGAGUAAUCCCACAUCUCUCGCACCUCCGUCUUUAUCCAAACAAAUACUUUCACUGGAAUCGAACGUCGCCAAACAGACGGCCCUUCAGCAUGUGCUAAAUUCAUUAAGAGUGAUGUACGCUCGAGACGCUGUCGUCGCCGCUUUAUCGUCGUCUAUCAAAAUUGAGAGCAAUAUUGCUGAAGAAAAAGAAGACUUGGAUGAAAUGAUUGCCAGCACAACCAACGUACUCUCUGAAUCGUCCAUAUCUACCAUCGCUCGUGGAGGAGGUGAAGCUCCUGCAGCAGUCAUCGAGUCUAGUGAUGAAUUAGCAUCUUCGAGCAAUAUGACUACGCCAGAUGAACCAGAGAAUCCUUUGAACGCGUUUCAGUCGACGACCAGCUCAGGGAGCGCUUCUUACCAUAUGAGCGUAUCCAGAAUGUCAACCAGCACGAUGUCUAUGAUCGCAGCUACGUUGAAAUCCAAUUCUCAAGUUAUUGGAGUUACCGAUACGGAUAUCGUGAAUCCUUCUAUUUUAGACGAUUUCACUAGUUUAUUGGGAUCGAACGAUGCUCGUAUUUUGGUGGAUUUAUUAAAACUCGCCGUCACCGGAAGAAUGGGAGAUAAUGCCAAGGAAACGUUAGCCAAUGUUUUAAAAAUUCUAGCUUCAUCUGAUCCUUCGAUAGCUGCUAUGAUACUGGAAAUCUGCGUUUUCGAGUUAGAAGACGUUGCUAUCAAUAACAAUAUCCUACACGCUUUGCCAUCUCCUCUGGUUCAAGAAAGUUCUCAUCCUUACGGUGGUCAAAUCAUCACCAACGGCGCAGUUAGAAUCCCAGGCGCUGAAUCUUUACGAAUUGAAUUCGAUCGAAGAUGCAGCACUGAAAAGAAUCGAGACACGUUAACCAUAUUCAAUCCGUUCCGAACGCUGGUUUAUGUUUUAUCCGGACGCGAGUGGAGUGAUUGGUCGAUGCAGUUGUUUAUUCCUGGCGAUGAAGUACGUUGGAAAUUUAUGAAAGAUAUGAAAAACAACGGCUGGGGAUGGAGAUUCACCGUGUAUCCUGUGAUGGGUAAACGACGUUACGGAUCUGAUCGCGAUAUACUCUCGAAACCCUCGAUCGAAGUUGUCAUGUGCCUGCUGUAUCCUUGUUUGAUGGUUGAUCCCCAAGAAGGAAUCAUUAAAAGAUUAAUUGCAGCUUUGGCGUCUUGUGCUCAAUUGACCACUUUAGAGGCUAAAGAAAGAAUGUGGUGUUUGGAUAAAAUAACCGAGUACAUUAAAUCUCCGUUGAGAAAAAUGAUGCAGAUGCCUACGUUUUUACAAACCGAUAUCCUAGAUUCACCUUUAUCGAAUUUAAUGCGGGCUUUACCUCGAUUACUAGUUAAACAAUACGAAUACGAAGAUCAUUUAUUGAAAAGAAGCAAGCAAUUGUUGUACAGUCCGUUUUUCAAGUCGACAGUGGCUCUAGCUUGUGAACUUGAACUGGAUGCUCAAGCUUUAUGCGGAGAAACUGGCAAAUGGGCUUGGUUCAAGCAUUAUUGUAUGGCUCGAAGAGUAGCAGAUGCCUUAAUUCAUCGUUCCACGAUACCCAAAGCUUUCUGUCUCGAAGUUCGUAAAGUUAUCGAGCAUGAUCCCAGUUUCACUCGAGAAUUUUCAUACGAUUACGAAAAUAACGAAUUAUUCACUCGAGAACAUGAUGAGCAAUUGUUGAUGUGGUUAAAUAGAAAACCAGAGAAUUGGAAUUUGUCGUGGUCUGGUAGCGGCGUAAUUUACGGCUGGGGUCAUAACCAUCGAGGACAGCUGGGUGGAGUAAGCGGUAAUCAGGUAAAAAUACCUACUCCCUGCGAAGCUUUUACCUCUCUACGGCCUGUUCAGUUAGCCGGUGGUGAACAAUCUUUGUUUGCUAUUACCUCAGAAGGACGAGUUUACGCUACAGGUUUCGCUGAUAAAGGAAGAUUAGGUAUUGGAGAUAUAUCUCAUCUGAAUCAAGCCAAUCCAUUCAUAAGUACUCCUAUGUUACUCGAACCUUUGACGAAAGUUUUCAUUAAAAAAGUCGCCGUUCAUUCUGGUGGUAAACACUGCCUAGCUUUAGCAUCAAACAACUACGUAUUCGCUUGGGGAGACGGCGAAGAUGGCAAAUUAGGCUUAGGGCAUAAACGAUCGUGUUAUUCGCCGACGAGUAUAGAAUUUCUGAAAGAUAAAGAUAUCGUAGACGUGGCCUGCGGCGGAGCUCAUUCGGCAGCCAUCACCAGAAGUGGCAAAUUAUACACUUGGGGUAGAGGACGGUAUGGUAGAUUGGGCCAUGGGACCGGUGAAGAUCAACUGGUGCCGAAAUUAGUCGAAGCUAUUCUAGGUUACCAUGUUACCGACGUUGCAUGCGGAAGUGGCGAUGCGCAAACGCUAUGCAUCACUUCUGAUGAUAAUGUUUGGUCCUGGGGUGAUGGAGAUUAUGGCAAACUUGGUCGAGGUGGAGCCGAUGGAUGUUCUAUUCCACUAAAAAUCGAGUCAUUGGCUGGUCUUGGUGUGUGUAAAGUGGAAUGCGGUUCUCAGUUUUCUGUCGCUUUGACACGUUCCGGAAGUGUUUACACUUGGGGUAAAGGAGAUUAUUACAGAUUGGGUCAUGGAACCGAUGAACACGUGAGAAGACCGAAAAAAGUAGCUGGUCUUCAAGGCAAGAAAAUCGUCAGCAUUGCUACAGGUUCACUCCACGUUGUCGUAUGUACCAAUAAAGGAGAAGUAUUUGCUUGGGGUGAUAACGACGAAGGUCAAAUCGGCGACGGGACUUUGAAGGCUGUUCCUAGACCUCGAGCCAUUCCAGCGUUACAAGAUCGUAAUAUCUCAUUAGUUGUGUGUGGCUCAGCUCACACAUUCGCCAAAAGCUCAGAUAAACCUGCCUCCAGAAUACAUAAUAUGCCUGCUGAAGUUCCGCUGGAAUACGAUCUACUGAAAGACUUGCCACUACCAUUGAUCAGGAACAGAUUGGUACUGUUGCAUUACUUCUCUGAUUUAUUGGCACCGGUUGUGAAUAUGUUUCCUUUGGAAGGUGAUAUUAGUUUGGAUAAGCUGAGAGGUAUUUUAGUGUAUUCGGCCAAAGAAAGCAUUUUCAGAAAAGUAUUAAACACAACGAUGGCCAGAGAACCUCAUCACGGUCCUACCAUCGAACUGAAUCGUAUACAGGUGAAAAAAUCCAGAGUAAAAGGUGGUUACGCCGGACCAGACGGCAUUAAAUCGGUAUUCGGUCAAAUGGUUAUGAAAUCUUGUCUAACCAGAGAGGCUUUAAUGCUUCCACAUCGCGUUUGGAAAGUUCAGUUUGUCGGCGAAAGUGUCGAUGAUUAUGGCGGCGGAUAUAGCGAAAGUAUUACGGAAAUGUGCGAAGAAUUACAAAAUGGCUCGUUACCUCUUCUAAUAUCUACUCCGAAUGGUAGAGACGACACGGGGACAAAUCGAGAUUGCUUCAUAUUGAAUCCAAUGGCUAAAUCUACGCUGCAUUUGAAUAUGUUCAAUUUCUUAGGUGUUUUGAUCGGUAUCGCUAUCAGAACCGGAAGUCCGUUGAGUCUGAACUUGGCGGAACCAGUUUGGAAACAAUUGGCUGGCAUGCCUUUGACCAUCGCUGAUAUCACCGAAAUCGAUAAGGAUUAUAUUCCUGGAUUAUUAUUUAUUCGAGACAUGAAUCCGGGUGACAAGAGUCUCUUAGACAUACCUUUUUCGACGACCAGUUCCUCGGGUCACGAAAUAUGCCUAUCUUCAGUUCACCGGAAAGUAACUCCGAAUAAUAAGCAAGAUUUUAUUCGAUUAGCCCUAAAUUACAGAUUGCAUGAAUUCGAUGAACAAGUGGCAGCAGUUCGAGCAGGAUUAGCCAAAGUCGUUCCGGCCGCUUUGUUAUCCUUAUUCACUGGUUAUGAGCUGGAAACAAUGGUCUGUGGAUCUCCCGAUAUCCCGUUAGAUCUGCUGAAAUCGGUCGCUGUUUAUAAAGGAGUACUUCCAACGGACGAGCUGGUUGAAUGGUUUUGGGAAGUGAUGGAAGAAUUUACCAAUCAAGAAAGAUCCCUAUUUUUACGCUUCGUCUGGGGUCGUACCAGAUUACCUAGAACGAUCGCCGAUUUUCGAGGAAGAGAUUUUGUACUCCAAGUUAUGGAUAAAUAUAAUCCACCAGAUCAUUUCCUACCUGAAAGUUACACUUGUUUCUUUUUGUUGAAAAUGCCUCGGUAUUCAGAUAAGUUCGUUUUACGAGAAAAGCUGAAAUACGCUAUUUACUUCUGCAAAUCCAUCGAUACAGACGAAUACGCUAGGAUUGCGAUUCCUGGUACCGGUUUAACAUCGAGUAACAGCGAUAGCGAUGGUCUUGAAAGUAUUACCGGAGAUGAAACUACUCCCACUUAGUUCAUAAAUCGAAAUUUUAUCGAUUUAAAAAAAAUUAUUACUUUUAAUUUCUGCGUGUUUUUUUCAACGUACUACCUUCCUUUUAUUUUUCCCCGGAUUGUUACAGUGUCCUAGUCGCGUUUUUGUGUGUUUUUUUUAAAACGAUGAUGCACUUUUUUUUUUGUCGAUUUUUUUGGUUCCAUUUGCGAGGUUUUGUGAUGUGAUAAUUUUAAAUUUACGAGUAUUAUAAUUUAUACGUUGCAAUGGUGCGUUCUAGAUUUCUAGUCAUUAUAUUUUACGUAUGUUAAUAUUUUUAUUCAUUUUGUUUCUCAUGCGUAUUCUUUCUCUGUAUUAUUAAAGUAAUCAUAAAUCAUCCAUUUUAA